AUGGGUAUCCAGCUAAUCGCUGCCCCCACCCUCCUGCUGUACGUGGACGCUGGGAAGGACACCAUGGUGAAACGGCUGCUGAAGCGAGGCGAAACCAGCGGGCGGGUGGACGACAACGAGGAGACCAUCAAGAAGCGUUUGGAAACCUACUACAAGGCCACCGAGCCCGUCAUUGCCUACUACGAGAAGAAGGGAAUUGUCCGCAAGAUCAACGCAGAAGGCACGGUAGAUGAGGUCUUCAAGCAAGUCUGCACUCAUCUGGAUGUCCUCAAGUAAACUCCGCCCCCCCCUGGAGGAGCUUCAUCCUCUCCUCCCUCCCACCCCAAGACUCUGAUCUGUGUCGAUGCGCCCCCCUCCCCGCCUUGCCGCCGCCCUGCCUCCCUUUUCAUCUCCAAAGACGGCUGUGGAGGAAGUGGCUUCAUCCUGUUUUCGUGGACAGAGAGGCCCAUGGAGGAAAUUUCAAGGACAAUGCACUCGGCUUCCUUAAACCUCCUCCCUCUCUCUCUCUCUCUCUCUCUCUCUCAGAGUAAAUCUGGAUUUCGUGAGAUGAGGUGUUUUCAUCUUUUGCUUUGUUCUGUUUUUUGUUUUUAAAGGAAUUUUUUUCACCCUCCAACGUGGGAAGGGAGGGGAAAGAAAUAUUUCUCCUCUAUUUUCUUUCCGGGACGCUUUCUGCAAAUUCCACGUUGGGUUGAGGACAAUCUGUGGUCCUCCCUGAGCUCCUCUGGGGUGGACUGCAGAUCCCAUCCUCCUCAAAUCAGUACUCCCCAAACCUUAAGGGGGGUCUUGAAUCCAGCCAAGGUCUGCGGGAAGGGGAAGACUGGCUGGAGACUGAUGGGUAUUGUAGUCUGAAUCUCUGGAGCACUUCCCAUCUGGAUAGGAAUAAUUCAGAAGGAGCUUUUUGAGGCUUUGGAACCACUUUUUGGAUCUGCGGAGGUUAAAAUUCUUGAACAGGCCGAUAAAUGUCUUUCCUUUAGAAGGAAGCUAACCUGUUGAGCUGGCAGCGAUGAGAUCCUUUAGAAGCUACAUUUCUAACCUGGCCAACUUUCCAAGGAACAAAUUCUUUUAAGUCCUUCCUGUAUUUCUUGCUAUGGUCUCAGAAGUGGCAAAAAGGUGGGGGAAAAACAGCUUUUUCUCCAUGAGAAAGAGAGAAAAGGAGUUUGUACCUCUUCGUUUGCCCAUUCCCUCCGGGCUGUUAAUGGAGACACUCCCCAAAUCUUGACAGACUAGAUCUCUGGAGGCGAUCUACUUGGAAGGAAAAAGAAAACACGAGAUUUUAUCCAACCUCCGAGCUCCCCUCUGCAUUAUAAACCAAUUUCAACCACCCCAGAAAGGAAACUGAAGCUUGCAACUUUAAAAUUAAGAAACCCAGCCAGCGUGCAAACUUUCUCCCUGGAGAGAGAGAACAGGGAAGGGGUGUGUGUGUGUGUGUGUGUGUGUUUGUGCAAGACUAUUUCCCUCCCCCCAGUCUUACAUACACGCACAAACACACACCAAGUCCUUGCUUUGUGUAUCCUUGUGUGCCGAAUUUCCUUAGCAACAAAACAUUUCUAAUCACAGGUUGCCUUUCCUUUGAACUCUCUGCAAAUUUCUCCUUUCUUCUUCCUCCUCCUCCUCCUCCUCCUCUUCUCCUCCUCCUCCUCCUCCUCCUCCUCCUCCUCCUCCUCCUCUAAAGUAAGGGUGUGUUUUAGGGAGGGUGAGAAAAAGAGAAAAGGAGCAGGAAGAAACUGAAGAGGAUUUUGGGGAGGCGGUGGGGUUGCUUCCUUAUCUAUCUAUCUACAGUGCCUCAUUUUUCACCCUUCAAAAACUGCAUCUCUCCAGAUUUUUGUAAGGGUUUCCACACUUCACAAAAGCUUUC